UCCACUCAACUCAAGUUCUGGGCGAUCGGAUAACGUGCGCUGUGUGUAGCUCGGUUGCACCUCUGUCCAAAAAUAACGUAUCCAACUUUUCAACCAAUCAAAUUGCCCAGUCCCUUGUAGAAGAUUUCAAAGAGAGAUCGGUCAAGAAGAGAAUGACCGAUGUAACGGAUGGCGGUUCCUCUGGCCAACGAUGCACCGUGUGUGAUGCUGAUGAUCAAGGGCUUGCUACCUUCUACUGUCAGCAUUGUUCAGAAUUCCUCUGCGACUCUUGUCUUGAGCAGCACAAAAGGUUUAAGAAGUAUGUCUUUCACGAGCUUGUUAGUGCUAGAGACAUCGCAUCAGGGGAAAUCAGAAAACAACUUGCAUGUACAGAACAUCCCAGAGAACUGCAGCAGUUCGUGUGUAUCACAUGUCAGGCGCGCAUCUGUUGUAGGUGUUUGGAAGUGGGUCAUAUGCCUGACAGGCAUGAUGUAAUCGGAAUUGAAGUGUAUGAAGAGGGCCACAAAGCAGCAGUUGAUCUUUUGCAGGAACAAAUAGAACAGAAAACCACUGUGAUACAGAGCCACUCGUCCUUUGUGAAGGAGCAGAUUGGCAUAGUUCUAAAAAGUAUCGGUCAACGAAGGCAAGAAAUCGAAAAUGUCUUUGAGGGAGCUGUCGAACGAAUACGACGAAGGAAAGAUCAACUGCUUGAAGACUGCAACACCUUUGAGAGAACGCCAUGUAAAGAUCUUGAAGGAAUCAUCCAGUGUAACGAUGACUUCCUUGAGAACCUAUCAGCUAAGGUUUCUGUAGUCACCGACGAGUCUACAGCUCAACGCGUAGACCAGUCGUUGCCCGAGCGUGUUGCACGAGUUGAUGAGCUGGAGGCUCUCGUGAAAGGAGACAACCCUGAUUCAUCUCUUCCUGAAUCUAUAGCACUCCGUGCAGAAUUCCUGACCUUCCAACAAGCUGCAGAGUCCAAGGGUCUUGACCUUGGAACUGUUCAGUUGGCUAUUGCAACCAGGAAUGCAGACAUCAGAGAUAAUGCACCCCUGUGGAAGCUUGCGUGUGAGCUCUCUCCUUUCCUUGUAAGUUGCGUGGCAUAUUUCUUUUUUUCUUAUUGUAUCGGACAUUGGUCAAAUUGUCCUUACCUCCCCUCUCUGGGAUGUGCUUUUUUCAACAGUUCUUAUUUUGCCUAUGAUGACUCUUUUAUGGUCUUCACAAAAGACACAUCCAGCAAGCAUGAGCCACUAUUCAACGGAAGAACUGAUUGUCUUGAAUAAUCGGAUUCCAAAAAAACAAUAAGAAAAGGAUUUUCCCUCUAUUGAUGCAUCAUUUAAGGUUCUUAGGUACAAAGAGAAUACCAGCCACAUGAAGAGGGUUCGGGCUGGAAGGACCAAGGGUCGCCCUUAUCUUCAGUCUCUGUCACUCUAGCAAGUCAUUAAGCCGGCCGAUGAAUGCAAUGUUUAAUUUGGAUUUCUGACGGCCCGGUGGUGAAAUUUUUAUUCCAAAACAGGUUUGCAAUUUCUUAUA